AUGCAUGACAAUGAAGUGUCUGCAUUAAAUACAAUGAAAUGCCAAACAGCAGAUGCCAAAAAGCUUUGUAUUUAUGAUAUUGGCCUUAAACUAAAAUCCCCAGGUCAGUAUGACAUAGGUGGCACAUAUACUGCAGAUCAGCCAGAUCUAUGGUUUUUUUAUGUCACUUCUGUAUGCCCAGGCUACAACUAUCUACUCAAUUUAUUUCUGUGCCAUAGAAAAUCUGGGAUUGUUUCUCUGGGUAUAAGUAAUGGUGAUGAACUAACACAUCAGAUUAUUAAUGAUGUUGAUAAUAGCUCUCUUUUGUCUGAUACAUUGACAUGGCAAACAUUGAACGCCAUACAACCUAAUGGAAAGAGUUUUGUAAAAACGUUUUGCUUCUCAGAAGCAGAUGUGUCUAAGAUGAACCACAACACUUUGGUAAUACCAGUUGCCAUCCAAAUGGAUCCAAAACGCUUAAAAACGGAUGUAGUUACCAAUAGAAUAAAGCUUCAACAUGACUUAGGGGAUAUGUUAUUGAAGCAGGAAAAGACUGACUUUAUCAUUAAAACACCAAGCCAAAAAGAGUAUAAAACACAUAAAAUUGUUUUAGCUGCUCAUAGUUCAGUUUUGAGAAAUAUGAUCAAAAGUCUAAAAGAAAACAUAAUGUUUAUUGAUAUAACUGAUAAUGAUUUAGAACUGCUGCUUGAGUUUUUAUAUACAGGGACAGUAAAAGACAUUAUGAAACGUAACUGCUUACAUCUACUGGAAAUAGCUGAACAAUUUCAGUUAAAAAAUUUAAUUUUACUAACUAAGCAUGCUAUUAAUAAGCAAAAAAACAGUUUAUAA